GGCGUUUAGGAUGCUUCCAAUACUGUCGGAACUUUAAGUGUUUCAGACUGGAUUGGAAUUGUAAAAACACUAGAUUGACUAAAAGAUGCAAUUUCAUUUCAUUCAAAUCAGUAUGUGGCAUAAAGAGGACAAUGUGAACGGGAUGGUCGUGUUUUGAUCUUUUGAACAAGCGACUUAGUACGUAAUACUUGUUUUAACGAGUCAAAUACGAGCACUUGAACGCGACAUUUUUCCAAGGAACAGUUCAGCCUGAGGAUAGCGUUAAAAUACGAUUACUGACUAGUUUCUUAUAUUUCUGCUACGUCUAUGUCUUAAUUAUGAACUUAACUGUGAGAGAGAUAUUUUGUGUAACCCUACAACGUCUCGUAUAGAAGUUAGACUCUCUUUUUUUAACUGUAAGGCCUUUAAAUCACUGUAAAAGCUGCAAAGAGUGUGCUAAAAUGCCUACUGAAGUCAAGCAGAGGAAGAAGUCUCAGAAACAAAGUGAUGAAGUGACGGAAACAUCGGCUGUAAACGACAAAGAUGAAGAUAAACGAGCCAAGACAGAAGCUGUAAAGAGCUCAGCAGCACAUAAAACAUCCUCGUGUUUGGAUUUUAGGAGUAUAAUGUGCGUAUUGUCUCUAGCAUCGUGCGGGGCUUUGAGUUGGAUGAUGCUGCAGCAGAACGAGAGGUUCUCCCAAAUUGAAGAGAAGUACAAGCUCUUACAUGGAAAGACUUCAAGUCUGUUCGACAUGGAGGAAGAAGUGCUGAAAGUUUCCAAAAAGCUUGCCGCCUCUGAGGACGACCUACAGGAAGCGCUCUCCACAGCCUCUUUGGCGACACGAAUCCAGCAGGACAUCGCCACCCUCCACGCUGCUGUCAUGGCGAUGCAAGCUGACGAGAACUCCGCCUCCCAGAACCUGCAGACUGUCAACGCCCACUUCCUGAACGUGACAGAGACAUGGCAGGGGCGCCUGGCUGUGAUCACCUCCGACCUCACCACCCUCAAGGCCGAGUCGAGGGAAGCGCAUGCCGGCGCUACAGAUGGGGUGAACGAGGCUGAGCGGAGGGCCCGGUCACUGGCAGAGAGGUUACAGGAACUCGAGGACAGCACCAAGAGGAACGCUCGAGCAAUGGAGCGCGCAGAGGUGGACGACGCCAAGCGAGCACAGGAUCAGCUGGACUGGAACACCAAGCGGAUCCACAACCUGGAGGCGCAGAUCAGCAGCCUGAGUAAGAGUGAGGCGGAGCUCAGCGCUCUGCUGGAGGAGCACAUCCCCAAGGCGCAGCAGUGCGAGGAGCAUCUGCCGCAGGUAGAGGAGGCUGUGCGCUCCAUCCUGAGGCUGGGGGGCGAUCUGAGCGGGGCGGAGAAGCGUUUAGAGGAGGUGACGUUACAGGUGUUCGGGACUGAAGACAGCAUGUUAAAAGCUCUGACUGAAAUCCUGGAGAUCAGGCAGGAGCUGGACACGCUGCACGCUCAGAACAGCAUCCUCAAGAUGAAAAACGAGCUCUCCGUGGUUAAAGAGGCGGUCCGUGAACUCACCAUGGUGCUGAGGGACAAUAGGGUCGAAAGCCAGCAGGACACUCCAGAGGAAGAAGGGUGGAAAAAUGGUGAGGAGGAAGAGGAGGAGCCUUGGGAGGAGUGGGAAAACGAUGAUGGGACAACUCAGUCUCCUUCUGAUGACAUCACUGAAUGAUGUCAGUGUGUGGAGUCAACCAGGGAAAAGGAGUGUCUCUGAAUGUUGUGCCAAAGGCUAAUACAGUUCAGGUUGAAUGUUUUUCAAGAUGUGGACCUCAUUUUAAGUCAGAAACUGUGACUGUCAUUGGAUCAAGUAUUAACUCUGGUCAAGUCAGUUCUUAUUUAUGUAUAAAGCACAUUUAAAAACAACUCAGAUUAAACUCAGUAAAAGAUUAAAGCACCCUCAUACACAAUAAUCUACAAACAUCAAGUUAAAAUAACUUAAUCGUGCAAACAGCAUUGUGAAAAUCAUACAAAAAGAAUGAUCAUCCAAAAUUGUUGGACAAUAAAACAUCCAACGAUCAGCCGUAACAUCAUGACCACCUGCCUCAUAUUGUGUGGGCCCACCUCUCAUCACUUCAGGGCCUGAAGUAACAGCCAAGACUUGAAAUCCACUAGACCUCUGCAUCAUUGCGCCUUGGCUGCUCAUGAAAGGAUUGCAGGUUCACUUUUGACUGCUUCUUCAUAUAACACCCUCUGACAGGUUUCAUUAUAAUGACAUCAUCUCUAUUAUUCACUUCACUUAUCAGUGGUCAUAAUGUCACGGCUGAUUUGGGUAAAUAGUGAGACCAAAGCUGGGCUUAAAAUAGUAAUAUUUGUUAAAUGUGGAUUGACACGUUUAGGUUUCUUUGUGUAAAACAUGCACCAGUUACUGUGAAUCAAGUCACUUGCACUGAAACAGGUCUACAGUAAUAUGUGUGCCGGUCUUUAACUACAUGAAACUGAACAAAGGAACUAGUUGGCUGGUCAAUAUACAAACAAUUGACAAUCUUUUCAAAUGACAGAUACAUGUAAAGUUCCUCUACUUUUUUCAGUACUUUUGAAUAUAUUUUGAUCUCAGUCUGUCUUUAAAAAAAAAUGCAUUUCUAUGACGUCAUCGUGUGCUCAGGAAACAGGUGAAAGAAAAACCUGCAAGAGUUUAAGUCCAAAGAAUUGAAGGAUCAGUGUUUUCUUUAGUAUUUUGUAUAGUCUUACCUUUGUUGUAGUAAAUAGUAUUUUUUUAGCACUGUUACAUUUCACAUUUUCAAAAAAUGUCAUCUGUUUUAUCACGUAUUUAAUAAACAAAUUUUCCUAAAACA